AUGUCCGACCUCCGGAUGUUUCCACUCGUGCUUCGCCCUCGGGUGCUGAAUCCCAAUAUUUCCCUUUCCCCGGGUCUCAAAGUUUCUGGGGCAGGUAGUUGGUUUCCCUCUUUGUCACUUGGUCCUUCGGACCACUCGAGUAGCAUGUUGAUCUGUUACGCACAGCGCAGGAGCAUCGGUAACACCGUGCAGUGCUCGAAGGAAGUUGCGAAUUUUUCUUUUUAUAUUCGCUUUUUGAAUUGCCUGGUGACUGGAGUCAUCUUCCUUUACUUGGACCCCAUACUGCUAUUUCCAAAUUCUCAAUUCCCUGUCCGUGGGCUUGCCCUCGCCACCUACAUGGCUCAGAAGUACUCAUGCAGCGUGCCUUCCAGUCAAGCAUGUUCUUACAGGAAACAUCCUCUGGCCAAGUUGCUCUUCUCCAUAGCAGAGAAGUGUGGCACGUUUUUCCCAGUUCAAAUUCCCCCUUGA